CUUCUCUUCCUCGAAAGCAUAAAAGCCAAGCAGACACACAAGGCCAGAUGGCUCCCCUUUAUAGUUACUAACGCCUGUGUCCCUCCUCCCUCUCUCAUGCAUUAGCUUCUUCACCCAUUUGCCCAUUUAUAACCCCAUCAAUCUCCGCCAACUUCUCUAUUCCAAAUCGCCUCAUCUUCUCUUUGUUUCUUUCUCUCUUACUCUGUUUCUUUUUCUUUUUUGUGUUCUUGUGCCCCUUUUGGUGUUUUUGAGUGUGAAACAAUAGCAGAGCCAUGGUGGUUCUGUCGCAGACAGCAUUAGACCAUUACUCCCUAAUCAAAACAUGCAAGCCUACGGGCUUAUUCUCUGGGAUUCCUGUGAUAAACUUGAUGGACCCUGAUGCCAAGACCCUCAUAGUUGAAGCUUGUGAAGAGUUUGGGUUCUUCAAGUUGGUCAAUCACGGAGUCCCAUUGGAGUUCAUGAGCAGAUUGGAAACACUGGCCAUGAACUUCUUUGACCUUCCUCAGUCUGAGAAAGAUAAGGUUGGCCCACCUGACCCUUUUGGCUAUGGCAACAAGAGAAUUGGCCCUAAUGGUGAUGUUGGUUGGAUUGAAUAUCUUCUUCUCAACACCAAUCCCCAAAUCACUUCCCACAAAACUCUCUCCAUUUUCCAGGAAAACCCACAAAUUUUCCGCUCUGCUGUGGAAGAUUACAUAUUGGCAGUGAAGAGAAUGGCAUAUGAAGUGCUGGAAUUGAUGGCAGAUGGACUGGGGAUUGAACCAAGGAAUGUGCUGAGUAAGCUGGUGAAGGAUGAGAAGAGCGACUCAUGCUUCAGGCUAAACUACUAUGCACCAUGCCCAGAGCUGCAAGCAUUGAGUGGUAGAAAUUUGAUUGGGUUUGGGGAGCACACAGACCCACAGAUAAUUUCUGUCUUAAGAUCUAACAACACAACUGGCCUGCAAAUCUGUCUGAGAGAUGGGACUUGGGUUUCAGUCCCACCUGAUCAGACGUCCUUUUUUAUCAAUGUUGGUGAUGCCUUGCAGGUAAUGACUAAUGGAAGGUUUAAGAGUGUGAGGCACAGAGUUUUAGCUGACACAAGAAAAUCAAGAAUUUCCAUGAUCUACUUCGGUGGUCCACCUCUGAGUGAAAAGAUUGCACCUUUACCAUCUCUAUUAGCAGAAGGGGAAGAAAGCUUAUAUGAGCAGUUCACAUGGAGUGAAUACAAAAACUCAGCUUACAAGUCAAGGUUGGCUGACUACAGACUUGGGCUAUUUGAAAAGAAGAAACUGCAGGCCAUUUUAGCAAAUAUUUAAUUUAGGGUUUUGUCAAAGCUCAAAAUAGGUUUGAAAGAGUUGACUCAAUUCCCACAGAUGGAAAAGCAUAGAGGUUGUUCUUUUGCUUUUGUGGAUUUCUUUCUUUCUUUCUUUCUUUUCUUCUGGUUUAAAUGUAACAGCAGCUGCAGCUUCUCUACCAUUAAUGCAAGUUUAUUAUCAUAUGUACAA